AUUUUUAAACUAGCGACCUCUGAAACAUCUCACCAACUCUAUCGAUAACAUCAUUUCACCUGUCAUGAUCAGCUGAUGAUUGCAGGUGUACAUUAAUAGUUAAAACGAAUAUUUUGUAAAAUGUCGAAGUUACGAUACGUUGUGUGGGAGCUUUCAUCCAACUUCUCAUCAAACCGGUACUUUUCACGAUUAUUAUCACCACCAUGGUGCCAAAUUUCUGAAUACACUUUAAAAAAUUUUUCCACAAAAACAUUAUCCAAUCCUCAGGAAGAUGGUCUAAUUAUUAGUGACAGUUGCGUGAAACGUCUAAAGGAAAUAUCUGAUGGUGAAGCAUGUUUAAGGGUUACUGUCGAAAGUGGGGGAUGCUCAGGUUUUCAAUAUAAAUUCGACUUGGAUUCAAAUAUUAAUGAAGAUGACAAAGUUUUUCAGAAAGAUGGUGCGAAAGUUGUUAUUGAUUCGACGUCAUUAGAGUACGUUAAAGGAGCAACAUUAGAUUUUUAUUCAGAGUUAAUAAAAUCAGCUUUUAGAAUAAUAAAUAAUCCACUAGCAGAACAAGGUUGCAGCUGUGGAGCUAGUUUUUCAAUUAAAGUAGAUUAAUUGAAUAGAAAAUAGAAAUAUUAGAUACUUAUUAAAUUAAUUGUAACCAACUUUUUCGUCUUCAAAAAUUAUAAAUAUUCUAAAAUAA